AUGGUUGGAGCACGUUUAGCACCUAUUUUGGUGCUGGCAGUUUUGAUAUGGACUAUAGAUGCAGAACACAUGAAAAGUCGUGUCCAUGGUGAAAUGAAACGUUUUAAUCUGUCAGAUUUCAAAAAGUUGCGCCGUGAAGCGAGAGGUAAAACACACCACAACCGGAAAAACUUUUUGGGAAAGCAUACCACUCUUAUGAUCGAUCAGGAUGAUGUAUUAAGGAAGAAGCACUUGGAUUUUACAAUUGAAACAGCUGAAAGGUGUACUGUUUCAUGUGAACGUCACGAGGUAUGUGUCAAACACACCAGGACUGGAAACAACAAAUGUGUUCACAAGAAAUAUCUCAAGGAGAGUCACAUGUUAUCCAAGUUCAAAGGACAUCACAAGAAGAACAGCAGACACCACAGUCGUCUGAUGAAAGAGCGAUUUGGUCGCCUGGAGACAAGGGUAAAUGAGCUGGAUGAGCGUCCUCAGAACAUCAGACACAAGAAAAUAAUGGCCAUAAAGAAAGCUAAAAAAAAUGGUAAUGAUUUCGUAACAAGGCACAGACUUAUUGAGAACAUGGAAGCCGUUGAUGAACUGAUGCAUUUGGGAGAAGGACGACAGUCAGAAAUCAGCAGAAAAUAUCCGGAGUGUACCAACAAAGUUGAGGAUAUCAGACAACGAUUGAAUGAUUGGUUUGCGAUACUUCACACACAGAAGAAAGAACACAGGAGUAAAAAAUUCAAAAGAAACCAUUCCAAGUCCUGGAAACCAAAGCAUUUUAGAGACUUCAGAACAAUUGGCCAGUGUAAGUGUCCUGCGUCUGUGAUGUGGGAGCGUCGAACACUUGACAAAGAUAAGAACGCCUACCUGGAUACCUCCGAGCUGACCAUCAUUGAGGACAUCCAUCAAGAGAAGUGUAUUACACCAUUGCUUGAGUCUUGUGAUACAGACAAAGACAGACUGCUCUCCAAGAAGGAAUGGUGCUGCUGUUUUAGUGACCCUGGGAAAUCAGAUUCCACUGGAAGACCUGUGGAGCUCUAGAUGUGAAUAACAACAGAUUGUCUCUUUCUCAAACCCAUGCUCACCAACUUCUGCAUAAGAAGACUUUUAAUUUUGUACAAAAUAUAAUAGAGAUGUAUUUGAAAGUAUU